AUGGUUAUUGGUGCUUCUGUAGCCGCACUUGGUGAUAUCACAUUUGAUCCACUUGGUUACACUUUCGUCUUCAGCAAACACUUCUCCACGGCUGGGAAGGCGAUAUUGUCUAAGUCACGACUCCGUGACAAGGGCUGUUCUAGCUUUGAGCUGUUGUACUACAAUUCUGCUUUCAUGAUUCCCCUCCUGUUGAUCGUCACAGCACUCACGUCAAAUGUUUUCCGGAUAAUUAAUUUCAGUUUUUGGACCAAUCCUAUCUUCAUCCUAUACUUAAUAUUUUCCUGCUGCUCGGCUGUGUUACUCAACUAUUCUAUGCUCCAGUGCACGCAUUACACGUCCGCACUGACGGCUAGUAUCGUUGGAGUGAUUAAAAACAUCACCGUCACGUAUGCAGAGAUGUUCAUCGGAGGAGACUAUGUAUUUACAUUGACUAACUUUAUUGGUGUCACAAUCAAUGCAGUCGCCUCCGCGAUGUACGUAGCAGCGAGAUGUAGAAAACAACCGCAGGAAUCAGGAGUCGAGGUCGUUGCUCGUAAAAUGGAGUCCACAGUCCUCUCUGUUCCAGCAGUGCAGGACAAAAAACAAGCAGGAUAA